CCCGCCCCGCGCCCGACUUCCCUUCCGCGGCGCGAUAUCUGAUCCUCAAGACGUCCUUCUCUUACUCUCACCCUCACUCACGCCAGCUCUCCAUAUAUCUCAGAACUUUUUCCACCUAACCACCAAACCUCCUCGAGUCUCACCAAUAUCAGCGACUCAUACCUUUUCUCAACUCUUCUCUCACACCAUAGACCUCUAAACUCGCCCUAAACACAGCAAUCCGCCUCACAUCACCAUACCACGACUCUUCCAAGAUUAUCCAAAAUGCAAGCCCCCCCUCCCCCAGAACUAAGAAUCUCCCCGCCGCUCCUAAACUCAGCAAACCCAUGGUGCACAACCCUCGACGACCUCCAACGACUUCAUGCAUGCCCCCACACAGGCGCCCUCACGACGCGAACCUCCCUCCUCGCAGGCUUCGCCCACAACGACGCAAGCCACCAAUACACCUUCUUCGACCCCUCCACCGCAGAACCCUCCGCGGCGCCAAACUCCUCUACCCCGGAAGCGCCCCGCGCUCAACUCGGGCCCGCGGACGUCGCGUCCCUGAAUAACCUGGGCUACUCCCCGUUACCCCUCCAAACCUACCUCGACUUCAUCAGCCAACUUCCGGAAGGCCACGGCCACCACCGCAAACUCAUCAUCAUCUCCGUCACAGGCUCCCCCUCAGAGAUCGCACAAUCCUACGCCCUCAUAGCCUCCUUCUCCUCCAAAACAACCCACCCGCUCGCAAUGGAAAUAAACCUCUCCUGCCCCAACAUCGCCACCGCCGCACCCCCGGCCUCAGACCGCGCCCAGCUGCUCGCCUACCUCGCGGCCCUGCCCCGGGAACCCCUCCUUCCCAUCGGCCUCAAGACGCCCCCCUACACCCACCUGGCGCACUACGCCGAGCUCAUCGCCGCGCUGCGCGAGGAUUCCACCGUCGUCACGCCAAAAGCCAUGCUCAAGGUGCCCUGCAAGAUCAGCUUCAUCACCGCCGUCAACACGCUCGGCUCGUGUCUCUUGCUCGAGGGCGACGACCACAGCCCGCGACUUCCGGGGUCUGGACUUGGUGGGAUGGCCGGGGCGCCUUUGCAUCCGCUGGCGCUGGGAAACGUAAAGACCAUUGCAGAGUUGGUCGCGCGAGAGCCGGAGUUGUUGCACAUCAAGGUUAUUGGUGUCGGUGGCGUCUCGGAUGCUAAUGGAUUCAGGCGGAUGAAGAGUGUUGGUGCGUAUGCUGUUGCCGUUGGGACGGCAUUAGGAAGAGAAGGAAUAGAUGUCUUUGAAAAGAUAGCUUCUGGACUUGAAAAACGCUGAGUACAGCUCUGGAUAGCAUCUUGGAAUGGUCGAACGUUCACACAGACAAUGCGCAAGAUUCACAUAGUUGAGUUCGUGGA